AUGUCGUCAUUCUCAACCAAACCUCACUCUCCCCGUUUUAAUAGCCAGGCUGUUGAGUUGAAUGAAAUUUUACAGUACAUACAAAAUAGAUGCACUCAGAGUUUAUCAUGUGAUGGAUAUCAUUAUGGAUGGAAUGGACAAUAUGAAUGUGUAUUGGAGGAUGCUGCCAUCAAAGUGAAUAUUACCAAGUUUAUUGAAAAAAACAGGGAGGAACAGUUUGUAUAUUAUUAUGUAAGACCUGAUUAUAGGAAGGAUGAUAAGGUGAUUGAUUAUAUUGUAAAUGAAUCAUCGGAAUUGAUUGUUGAAAAAGAUUCCUUCUUGUUGGAUCGUUUGAACGGAAGAAAGGUUGUCUAUUGGGAAAAGUGUAAUUUUGUGGAAUAUCAAGCUGUGGAGAAGGCCUACGGGGAUCACCAUGCUGAGAGAUCGGGUGUUCAUCUCAUCAAUCAUAUUGAUGAAGGGAUGUACAUUUUGAAAAAAGUGGGAGCUUCUGAACUAGCUCAAAAAGCUUAUAUUUUACACCCUCUCAUUCAAGGAGACUCAGAAAUCAAGGAAUUUUUUAACAACCAAUUGCUGAAUGAUGAGAAUAGGAAUAAGUGGGAUAUCAGAGUUAUAAUGCUUGCCACCGAGUACAGAAAUAUUGCAAACGCUUACCUAUCUCACUGUGCAUCUUCAGAAACAUUUGCAUUGAGUUCACUAAAGGAAGUUAAUCAGAUGUUAAUGUAA